AUCCCUGUUUUUUUUUUGGUUAUGUUUAUCGCACGUGUGUUGAUAUCAUGAAAUUGAAUGAAAUACAAUAAUAUAUAUUCAAAUAUUUAAACUUUCUUUUACUAAUAAGAAAUUGUAUUCAACUUAAGUAAUAAUUAUUAAAGAGAUUGAAAUCUCGAAUUUAACAAUGGAUAAUAUAUUAAAAGAUGAUCGUUUUGCUCACAUAGUGAAAGAUCCGAAAUUUCGGAGAAUUCCAAAAAAUGAACGUAAAGUCAAAAUUGAUAAACGAUUUCAAUCGAUGUUUACUGACAAAAAAUUUGCUGUAAGCUUUAAAGUUGAUAAACGUGGAAGACCAUAUGUAAAAAAUAGUGCUGAAAAUCUUCGUAAAUAUUAUGAUUUAUCUGAAAGUGAAGAUGAAUCAUCUGAUGAAAAAGAUACGGAAAAAGAAGAAAAAUCCUCUGUAAGUGAAGAAGAAGAAGAAGAAGAAAAAGAAUUAAAGAAAAAAAUAAAGAAAAAUGACAAUAAAUUACCAGAAUUAAAGAAUAAUGAAAAAGGCAAAUUAUCGAGUAAUAUUAAACAAAAAUUGAAAAAUUUAUCUGUUAAUUAUGCUCGUGGUGAGGGAGAACUUUUAUCAAGUAGUUCCGAGGAAGAUGAAAGUAUUUUUGACAGUGAAGAAGAGGAUGCAAUUUGUCACGAUUGGGGAGAAUUUGAUAAAGAUGCUGAAGAUGCUGUUGAAAGUACACGUCGAUUGGCUGUUUGUAAUAUGGAUUGGGAUAAAAUACGUGCCGUUGAUUUAAUGGUGUCACUUAAUUCAUUUUUGCCAACUGGCGGAAUUAUUCUCUCGGUUACGAUUUAUCCAUCUGAAUAUGGUUUACAACGAAUGAAAGAAGAAGACGUUAAAGGGCCAACCGAAUUAGUUAAUAAUUCCUCUGAAGAGUUAGAUGAUGUUGAAGAAGGUUCAAGUUAUCAAAUGGAAAAAUUGAGACAAUAUCAAUUGAAUAGAUUAAAAUAUUAUUACGCAGUUGUUGAAUGUGACACACCUGAAACUGCAGAUAAACUUUGGAGUGAAUGUAAAAAUAUUGAAUAUGAAUCAAGUGGUUUAAAAUUUGAUCUUCGAUUUAUACCAGACGAUAUGGAAUUUGAUCAGACACCUAAAGAAGUUUGUGAUAAGCUGCCAGAUUUCACUACGUAUCAACCAAGAACUUUUACAACUACAGCAUUGCAACAAGAAAAAGUUGAUUUAACAUGGGAUGAAACCAACGAAGAGAGAAGAGAAAUAACUGAAAAAAUAAAUUCAGGAAAACUUAAUGAAUUAAAUGAAAAUCAUUUGAAAUAUUUAUUGGCAAGUGGAAGUAGCGAGGAUGAAUCUGAUGAAAAUUUAGAAACAAAAGAAGAUGAGCCAGAGAAAAAUAUAAAAGGAAAUACAAUUGAAAAAUAUAAACAACUUUUAAAAUCAAUUGAUGAUAAGGAAAAAGAGAAACACAAAAAUGAUGUACAACUUGAAUGUACAUGGGGUUAUAAUGUUGAGGAAAGAAGUAAAGAAUUUGAAAAAGAAAAACAACAAAAAGCUGAAAAUCGAACUCCAUUUGAGGAAUAUCUUGAUAAACGAAAGGAAAAACGAAAAGCAAAAAGAAAAGCUAAAAUGGAAGAAAAUAGUGAUAAAUCUGAAUCUGAGGAUGAAAUACCAUCGGAUAUUGAUAUGAAUGAUUCAUAUUUUGCCGAAGAAUUGAAAAAUCAUAAAAAGAACACAAAAAAGAAUAAAAAAGCAAAGAGAGACGAGUCAAUUUCAAACGAUAGAGAUGAUGAAAAAGAUGAACUUGAAUUACUUUUAAUGGAUACAAAUGAAAUUGAUAAUAAAAAACAUUUUGAUAUGAAAGAUAUUGAAGAAACUAAUUCAAUGUCAAAAUCAAAAAAGAAAAGACUCGAAAGAAAAAAGAAGAAGAAAAAUAUUGUUAAUAAUGAUGAUGAUUUUGAAAUGAAUCUUAAUGAUGAAAGAUUUCAAGCUUUAUACACAUCACAUCAUUUUAAUAUCGAUCCUGCUGAUAAUCACUAUAGAAAAACUAAAGGAACUGAAAUUUUAAUUAACGAACAAUUGAAAAGAAGGAAUAAAACUAAAAAUUAAGUUGAUUGUAAUUAAAAUUUUAUUUUGUACUAGAAAUAAAAACAAUUUUUUUUUAACUGAUAAAUAA